AUGCAAUCAACUAAUGUCAAAAAUUGGUUAUUACAAGAUAUUGACAAUGAAAUGGUUCAAAUUGAAGUAUUUAAGUUUGCAUACUUAGAUAAAAAUAAUAGAGUGGUUGUUCGUGCAUCUCCUAAUUAUUAUGAACAAGCAGCCUUCUUCGAUGUUUGUGUUGAAAUGGAUAAAUCAGAAUAA